GUCGGGGUCCUGGGGCACUUCCGCAGCCUCCUCGACGGAGGCAGCGCGGGCGACGCGGGGGACGGCGAGGCCUUUGUCUGGCUCGCGGGAGCCGGCGUCGUCAUCCUGCUGGGGCUCCCCGUGGCGGUGCUCGCAGUCAUGGUGAGCUGCGGCGACGCUCGGCGCGGCGGCCGCGCGGCGCGCCUCCUGGGCCGCGAGGACGCCUCCAGCAGCGACUCCGACGCGGACUCCCUCGUCGAGCAGGGCCAGGCCCUUGCGCGCGGCGCAGCCCUGGGCGCCAGGCGGUGGCUGCCAGCGGUGCUGCCGCAGUCGGCCGUCGACAGGAUGUUCGACAGCCUCGACCGCGACGGUGACGGCUUCCUGACGCGGGCAGACUUCGAGCAGGCCCAGUGGCCGAUGCACGUGCCGGUGUCUGCCAGGGGUGCGUCGCAGACCCUGUCCCUGGCGCCAG